CAUCGCUUGCAGCCCAAACGAACUGUAUAGAGAUGGUGACUUCCUCCAGCCGCAAGAAGGUGAUCCAGAUUCAUGUGGUGGGAGUGGACCGGUGGGAGGUUGUAAAGGAAGUCCCUGUCCUUCAAGAUCCUGUGGCCUUGGCAGUAGAUGGCACCAGUUUAUGUGUAGCAACCUGGGACAGGUAUCUCCUCUGUGAUAUUCAAAGUGGGAGCAGUGAGAAGCUUUUUCCUCACAAUCACAACAGGCAGCAUGUCAUUGUUACUUCAGUGGGACAAGGGGAAUUCCUCCUGAAUGGGCCUGAAUCUUUAGGCAUGUUUGUGAUGAAGACAGGGAUAUGCCAGCGCCCUCCCCUGCAGUGGCCUCAGGACGUGCUGGCAGCCAGAGUAUGUUUCCCCUACAUCCUAACCCUGCAGCCCCACGUUCUGUCUGUCUACAGCAUGUUAGAUCAGCAGCACAAACAGACUGUGAGUCUCAGUGGAGCAAAGGGACUCCUCUCCACAUCAGAUGGUGUGUUAGUGUUCACAGAGAGAGACAUUUUCAGCCUGCGUCUGGUGCCAUUUGAAGACCAGAUCCAGGCACUUGUAGAGCAUGAGAGGGUCGAGGAGGCCUUGUUGCUGCUGAAUGGAGUUCAAAACCAUCAUCCCCUUGACUCAUACAAGGAGCUGCAGAAGGCCACAACCUGUCGGGCUGGAUUUGUCUGUUUUCAACGGGAGGCUUUUUCUGAGGCCAGGGAAUUUUUCAUUAAAGGUGAGCUGGACCCUAGGGAAAUGAUCCACCUUUACCCUGACAUGCAGUCAUGUCUCUGUGAGGACUUUCAAUCCCAGUUUGAUCAAGUAAACAAGAGCAGGGAUCUGCAGGUGCUCUGGCAAGCGGAUAGAAACACAUUUCAUCGUUACCUGGUCUUCCUGGGUGAUUUCCUCAGAGCAGUCCGCAGUACAGGGCGAGGUUUGAAGCACAGUAUGGAGGUUGACUGCGCCCUCCUGAGGCUGUACAUAGAACUGGAAGACAACGAAAAUCUGCAGCAGCUUGUGGCUUUUCCAGAUGGGUGUACACUGAACCACUGUGUUCCUGUGCUGGAGGAACACAACAGAUUUUUUGCAUUAGGUUCCCUCUAUCAAACCCAUGGAAAACACAAUGAUGCAAUAAAGACUUGGGUGAAGAUUGCAGAUGGCUUCUACAAAGACCCCUCUUGCUCGGAUGUAUAUGGCCACAUAGUGUGGACUCUCAGUCAACUCAAAGACAGAGAUACUAUGUGGAAAUUUGCAGACUGGACUUUGCAGAGAAACCAAAAGGUUGGUGUGGAGAUUUUCAUCAAGUGUCCGCCAGAUGAUAGAGUGGAGACACAGGACGUUCUUGCUUUCCUGGAGAAGUACCCACUGGCACUGCUUAUGUAUCUUGAGUUUUUAAUUAAUGAUUUGAACAGUGAGGAGGAGAGACAUCACAGCCGGCUGGCCCUGACAUAUGUUACUCAGACGCUGCGAGGGGAAGAGGAAACAGAGUCAGAUUUGAGGGCCACCAGAGGGAAGUUGCAGCAGCUGCUGUGGGAAUCAAAAUUUUAUGACGUCUCCACCGUAUAUGAGAGAGUCGGGUCAACAAACCUUCAUAUAGAGAAAGCCAUUCUCCUCAGUAGGACUGGUAAACACUCACAGGCUCUGCAGAUGCUUGUUCACCAGGAGCGAGACCUCCAGGCUGCAGAGGCUUACUGCAGCAGGGUCGCCCAGGGCCAGGACUCACAAUCCAGGCAGGGCCUGCUGCUUAUUCUGCUCCAGAUCUACCUGAGCUCAGAGGAUCUCGCCAGCGCUGCUGUGGAUCUGCUUAACAACAACCCUCUGCUCUUUGCAGCAGAGAAGGUCAUCCAGCUCCUGCCUGACUCCUGGUCUGUUCAUCUGGUCUCCCACUUCUUAGUUGGAUCCCUCAGGGAAACCUUCCACCAUAGGCAGAUGGCAAGGCUGCAGAAGGCUCUGGCCCAAGUGGAGCUCCUGCGGCACAAAUUAAACUGGGUGCCGGCCUCAAAAGCAAAGUUCAGACUGGACAAAGAGCAGAAGUGUAAGGUUUGUCAGAAAGACCUUGCAGAGCCACAGUUUGCCCGUAACCUUAACGGCAACGCUCUCAUUUUCAUGGCUUCCUACCUUCGGGUUUGGCAGAUUGCCACUGGGAGAAAUUUGUAGGGUGUCCCACUGGAGACACA